AUGGAUAAUUCUGUUGCUAAUCGAAAUAAUUCAACAGUCGAAUCGACUAGUUUUACAUCGACAGUUCCCACUUCAUUUGUUUAUCAAGAUUUAGUAUUGCAUGUUCAAGCAAUUCAACAUCAAAUGAUUGAAAUCGAAAAAUAUCUUAAUAGUCGAUUAACAAAUGAAAAGAACAUACGAAACGAAUUAAAAUCACGCUCAAUAACAUUUGUUGAUCCAUACGGAAAUCCAAUGACUAAUAUAUAUAUGGAUCAUGAAUUGAUCAGUACAAUAUUUAAAAAUUACAAGAAAAAUUAUGUACCAAAAUAUUUACAACAGUGGAUGAAAAUUGGAACAAUUCAUGAAAAUAUUAUCUCGCCAUUAAAUGAUUCUGAAGUAAAAUCAUCUGUAUCCGACUAUGAAGAUGGUUAUCAAUUUAUUACAUAUGGUAUAGUGAAUAUCAUAGUAGAAUAUUGUGAAUAUGCACCACCUUACCGAUUUGUGCUUUGUAUUCGUUUAACCGAUACCAUAGAAAAUAUUAAAAUUCGAAUAAAGAAUUUUGCAGAACUUUCAAACAUUGAACUAAAAUCAUGUAUAUUAAAUGAAGAGACUCGAAUGAAAACACAAAAUUGGAAUGAAGGUAAAAUACUCAAGUCAGAUGAUACUGUCUUGUCAUAUCAGUUAUAUCAAGAUAAUUGCGUCAUUAUAGCAAAACCUCUGCAUGAAAAAACUGAUGCUGACGAAUCCAAUUCUGAUUUUAUAAUUUUUGUUGAAUAUAUUGCUGGAAAAAGAGUUUCUAUAAAAGUUAAUUCCCACAUGAAUAUAGUUGCUGUAAAAGAAUUGAUACAAGACAAGACAGGUACUCCUUCUGAUCAACAAUGUUUAUUAUUUGCUGGAAAGCGACUAGAAGAUUACAGAACUCUUUCAGACUAUAAUAUAAAAGGCGAAUCUACACUUUAUUUGGUACAACGUCUACGUGGUGGAAUGUAUCACUUUACGAGUGGUCGACAAGAUUUUCGAUAUUUGUCACCUAAAGGUACUGAAGCAAUAAAAAAUGUUCUUGCAUUCAAUUUUAAACAUAUGAAUCACCCUGAACGUUUAUCACCUGCCGAUCUACAAAAUUCUGUUUUGAAAAGACGGACUCUUCUUUCGAAAUUAUUUUAUGAACAUAAUGUACUUAAAGAUUUACUAAUUAAAGAAGAACAAAUAAGACUUAGUCAAGAAACUCAACAAUUAUUAUCAAAUAUUGAAGAUCGAAAAGAUAUCGAUUGGAUGGAUGUUAUAGCUGAUUUACAAACAAAUUUAAUUAAAGAAGCAAUAGGUGAAGAUGCAACAGAAGAAGAAAUUCAAUGUGGUUUAAGAAUAUUCCGUAGUGCUCAUCAAUUAUAUGCAAAUGAUGAUGAAUUUCAUAAUUUAUCUCUUUAUGUUCGACAUAAUCGUGCAAAACAAGGAAAUCUUCAUAUUGGAGAUUCGGCAAUGGAUGUUAAAUUAUUAAAUAUCAAUGGAGAAUUUGUAUCAUUAUUAUCUUAUUUUCAGUCAAAUCGACCAUUAUUAAUCAUUGCUGGUUCAUAUACUUGA